AUGGCAGGUGCUGGAGGCUCCAGCUGGGUGCCAUGGUAUGAACAUGCCAGUCCCGUCCUUUAUCUGGAGCAGCUCCUUGGAAAUGUCCUUAAAGAAGUGGACAUGCCGCUGGAAGAACGAGAUGCAAAGUUGAAAUUUGCGGAUCGAUUGCAGUCGCUGACGCAAAAGGCUAUUCUCAAAGAAUAUCCAAACACUCAUACAAAUGUUGCCCUUCGCGGCUUCGGAAGCUUUGCGUCCGGGUUCGCCCUCAAGGGUUCAGACAUGGACAUGGUCCUCAUGAUUAAUGGACCUGAUAAAGAGAAGCUCAAUUUCAAAGACAUCGCAAACGCUCUUAAGCAAUCGUUUAAAGCGGAUGGCCUAGGUGUCUAUAUCAUCUCUAACACACGAGUUCCCAUCAUCAAGAUUUGCGAAAAACCGCCGGCGUGGUUCUGGGAAGAGCAGGAGAAGCUCGAAACACAAGCUGCUGUGGAGGCUAGUGCGUUCAAGGCGGGGGAUGGCAAAAAUGUCGUUGGCGAUGGUGCUAAUAACUCUGAAACUUCGCAUUCGAUGACGAAUGCAGGAGUCUCAGGGGAACACAGUAGCGAAUCGGAAGCUGAAGACGAGGAGGAAAAGGAGGCAAGAUUGCGUCGCAAACGGGUGACCGAAAUGGCAAAUAAGACGAAUGCGCCCAAAAACUCCAAAGUGUGGUACCGUGAACGCAAACUGGGCAAGAGCGAUUUCCCGAAAUCCGACGCCGGAAUCCUCUGCGACAUUAACAUGGACAAUCCCAUGGGCCUGGAGAACACCCACCUCCUCCGCUGCUAUGCGGCCUGCGAUGUUCGCGUUCACCCAAUGGCCACCUUCGUCAAAGCCUGGGCAUCUCGGCGCAAGAUCAACAGCUCCCGCGACGGAACGCUAUCAUCGUAUGGCUACGUCCUCAUGGUUAUCCACUUUCUCGUGCACAUCAUCCAGCCUCCCGUCCUCCCGAACCUCCAACAUCCACAAGACUGGCCAGGCCUCCAAGACCUCCUCCACGACGAGCAGAGUCAAUUCUUCGCCGACGCCAUCAAUGGUCACUGGAUCCACUACGUCCGCAACGUCGACGCGCUGAACUAUUACGGCAGCAAAAACAUCUCCCCGAACACCAUGCCCGUCGGCCGCCUCCUCACCGAAUUCUUCUCCUACUAUGGCGACCCGAUCUCCGGCGGCCAUAGCUGGCAAGGCCACGUCAUCUCGCUCCGCACACGACACGGCGGGGUGCUCGACAAGGGGGAGAUGGGGUGGAACCGGGCGACGUCCGAGAUGGUGAACGGCAUCGAGGUCCGGCAGCGGUAUCUCCUCGCGAUCGAGGACCCGUUCGAGACGAACCAUAAUGUGGGGCGAACCGUGACGAACGAGGGCGCGGGGGUGAUGCGGAGGGAGUUCAAGCGCGCAGUGUCGAUACUGAGGGGGAUGAUCGGGCGUGGGACGCCGAGGGAGGAUUUGAUGGAGGAGUGGGUGGAUAAGGUGGUAGUGGAUGAGGGGGGGCAGGGUGAGGGGAACGUUGGCAGGGGACCGGUGGCGACGGACGGUCCGCUUAGCAUCACGGCGUCGCUGGCGAGGAUUGGGAUGUGA